GUUGGGAUAGGCCAUAACAACCACCCAACAAGGCGCUGUGGUACUAUGGGGAAAUACCGGACCGAACCGAGGAUAAAAACGGUUAUGAAUUGUUUGUAGUCGAAGUUAACGCCAGAAAUUUGCCAGAAAGUCGAUGCAAGUGGAAAUACUUGCAUACUGGGGUUCAAAUGUGGACGUUGACGUCGAGCCGUGCGUAAUGAGCAGAGUUGGAAAAAGAAGGUGUUGAGCUGCAUUUUUUCUCUCUCAACCACAGACAACUUGGGUCGGAGUACUGUCCAAACUACGAGGCGAUACGAGGAAAAAAAUCCCCUAGAAGCUUCGCACUCCGUGGUAAAUAUGUCUGAGCGCUCGCUUUUCAACAGUUGCUUCGCAUCUUGCUCGAAGUAAAUUGCUGUUUCCGAGGGGUAAAGUCAAAGCGACACAGCAGAGGUAGCUUACCCUAGCCUCUUAGGAUAUGCUACUAAUUACAGAGCUGUGCUGGAUAGGACUCCCCUUGCUAGACAUUCGUGUGAUAUUUGGACACUACUUCCUAUUUCUAUCAGUUGAGACAAACAACCCACUUGGUUUUUGCCCUUACAAGCACUUUUAACUCGGGCUUCCGCUGAGCACAGAUAGCCCACCAGUAGCCCAAAGAGCAACAAUAGCUCCGCGUUAACGUAAGGCUAACAAAGCCACUGUAUAUGAUUGUUUUCUCUGAACUCAUGUUACCCAGGAACACACUUGGUUUUGUUCACUGAAGAUAGAUCCAUAGAAAAGUUUGGGGUUGAAAUGCAUUUUCCCUUUGAGAUCAACCUACAUGUUGCUGGAUGCCUCAGUGUCAGAUAGUUGUUAAUAGGUUGGGCUUUGGCAACACUGGCCUGUCAUCUAUUUCAUCUAUAACUUGAUGGUAAAGGGUUUUUUUUAAGCCGUUUAGACAUUUCCAGAAGUCAAAUGAAUACAGGAUAAACUUCAGUCUGUGGCUGCUUAGAUUUGCAUAUAUUAUCUGUGCAAUUUAAAUUUGUCCUUUAUUGUGUAAAAUCUACAUUAAGAAUUUUUUUUUCAUCCCCCCUUAAGAAAAGAAAAGAAAACUCAUUUAUUCAAUUUUGCUGGACCAUUAUCCAUGACACUAGUCUCUGUCAUCCUCAGGUCAAGAGUUGAGGAGCCAUAUGCACACACUGAUAAUCCUGUGAUUAUCUCACCAAAAUUCUGCUCACAUUCAGUUUUUAGUUUCCUCUUAAAGUGAGUGUCUUGUUGUCUCUUGAUUGAUAAAGGUGCAUGUUCGGCAGCUCAUGACCUCUCCAGCAUCAAGGUUUGUCAUUUUACCAGGUUCAGUUAGUGUGUCAGUGCUCCAGGGCCAUAUAAUGACAUGUAAUUAUUUGACUUACAUGCCCAGACUUCCAUGACUGUCACAAAAGGCUGUGAGCUUGCAAGUACUUGUCAGAGAGUCACUAAAUGAGCUGGACUUUGGCCUGACUUCUGUUUACCCUGGCUGCUUGGACAACUCAACAAGGAGCAUUGACAACCCGCUUAAAAUAAGCACUUAUUGUUUUCGGGGCUGCCAUUCAUUCUCUGGAGAGCCAAUGCCAGGCUGUGUUUGUAAAGCCACCAGUGUGUGCACACUUAACAUUUCUUUAUUGAAAAGAUGGCCCCUGUUCAGUCAGUCUUGCAAGCUGGUCUAGAGCUUGUUAUCAUCACAUUCCCACCAAGUCUGCAAGGAAAGGCAUCAGAGGUUAAAAAAAAAAAAAGAAAUGUCGUAAAACAAUUACUUUAGUUUAAAUCCAUCUUAUUGUGUAUCCGUAGUACCUGCAGGGGAAAACAUCCGACCAGCCGACAGUUCAGUCCAUGAAAUGCCAAAUAUGCAGCACUGUGGUUCUUAUUGUUGGUUGACACAGGCUAAUCCAGAGGCUGCCCACCAUGAGUCAUCAAUGUGGGGACUUUUGUUUCCUCUGUCUGUCUCUGUCAUUUCAGCGUGUUGCUGUUUCCAGCCUGUUCUGAUUCCUGUAGCUUCCUGUAGCUCUCCCGGCAGAGUCUGUAAUCAGUCCAAUGGCCUGAUUAACUGGUACACUGAUUGACCCGGCUGGCAAAAACACUGCAGAGGUAAGCACUCUGCUCUGCCACUGGAUUUGUCUCUUCAGCUAUCAUUUUAGUGGGAAGAUGACUUUGUUAUUAUGAUAGAGGGAGUCAUUUUAAUCACCUUUUCCUUUAUCUGCAGUCCAUAUUCCACUUUUACUUGAUGCUAUGGGAUGUGUGCACAUCUAUCAACAUUAUGAAGUUCACUCUGUUAGAUAGCUCUGGUUUCUGCUAACCGUUGCAUUGGGUAUUAUGACCCAUUUGGAGCGCCUCUGAUUGUAUCGGAUAUCCAAAGAGUCAAACAGUCUAUAAUUACUAUCUGAUGCAGUAUUUUUGUCCAGCUUGGCUUGCACAGCACAUUAUGGCUAGCUCUGCCCUCAGGUCGUUUAACAGCUUUUAUAACAGCAAAACUUUGAAUUCAAAAUUUUCCUGAAUGUUAAAAAAAUGCAGUUACAGUGAGGGAUUAUUUGACUUAAUUUGAUUUUCUUUUUUACCUGAAUAGACCAGGAUCUAUUCAUUCUCCUCCUUUGUAUGAGAGGCAGGAAAGUAAUUUAUCUACUGUUCUUCUGGGAAUAGACUGACAGGACUUAAUCAGAUAAAGGCACUUAUUAAAAAAAUCCCUGCUAAAGAAGUCAAACUGGAGAGUGGUGAAUUUGAGAGCUUACAUAUAUUUCAAGCCCUCUUAAUACAAAGUUUUUUAUGGCACUCUUCAUCUGGUUGAUCUGAUUUUUAUGCAGAAAAACACUUUUUUUCCACUCCUCAUUUGAUAUUGUUAUGAUUAUGUUUGAUUGGACUCAUUUAUUACAGUUUUAGGAGAUUCAGUCUCUUCAUUCAGGCUUGACUGAUACUGUCUCACUGCUUACUCAUCUUCAGCAGAUUAGGAGCCGUGUCAAUGAGCCUAACAGAGAUAUCUAUGAAGAGUGUUGAUUUAAUCAAGAUUUAAACCUUAGAUCUUUUGUGCCAUCUUAGAAAAGCCAUGCAUGUCUUCUUUGUAUUCAUAUACUGCUCAACAGUCACCAGAAAAGCAAGAAAUAGAAAUUACUCAAUCAUCUGCUACACUGCCCAUGAAAUUCUUCACAUCACUUUUGAUAGCUGAAAUCUUGUCACGCUGAUGAAGCUUCAUUACUGCUGUCACUUUGAUUCAAAGCGUGUGCUGUGAUUGUGUUUUAUUAGCAGAGCUUUGUUUAAAGAGGGGUGACCUGUAAAACCCGCGUCUAAAUAAGACGAACAUGCAGCUGAAAUUUGGAGUUGAUGAUAGCAAAGGAAACCCAAAUACCUGCUGGCUUCCCUUUUUCCUCCCACCCUGAUGAGAGGAAAUCCACAUAAAUGAUUGAUAAAGUGCCUUGACUGUCAUUUGAAUAAUACAUCGGUCCCGCUCUUGUGCCAAGCAUUUUUGUAUGGUAAUGUUCUGUGGGAGACUGGGGGUUCACUCUUUCAAACCUUAGUGAGGGGCUUUUUGGAGAAAAAUCAAAUAAGCCUAAUGACCAAGACAAGGUGAGCAGUUAGAAAGGCUGCAUGCGUCUGUGUGUGUUUCUAUGUAUGUGUUUGUUUGCAGAGACAGAUAGGUGGGGGGCAGGGAGUGUCUCCCGUCACUUCUCAUUAGGGACAUGAAGUCCAGCAUGGCCGGCGUCUGCCCCCCCCCCCCUCCUUCCCCUCUCGUCUGUGGCACUGCCCUCUUCUGCUCCCAGCCUGAACACAACAGAGCAGCUCACUGUUUCAGCCUAAACUGCGUAGAAGUGUCUUAAUUUCCAACAUCAGAGAGAUUAUGGCGGAGAUGCUUCUUAUUGAACAGUGUGAGUCAGGUCUCAGGGAAAUAGCUGUCCUAAAUUAUGCUUUUAGAAUUCUGCACUGCAGCUGAAGUUAAAUUUGGUUCUCUCAUUUGAAUGAGUUAACGCUCUGAGUCUGCCUGCUAAGCUGGAAGUCAUUGGUUGUUCGAGUGAUGUGUUGGCUGCUUUGUUUUAUUCUGCCUUUGCUGUGCUCCUUUGAGGUCCCCCCCCCCCCCCCCAUCUCUCUCUUCCACCCCCCUACACCUUUUUUGUAAACAAGACGGUAUAUAUCUCAAGGGCUUCCUCCUCACUCCUACAUAUUCAAAUUCUACUUCUAAUUUUGUCCAAAUGAAUUCCCUGUGAAGAUGGGGCUUAUUUAAAGCAGUCUAAUGAAAUAAAGAUCAGCCAACAUUUUUAUUGGAGUGCUCAAGUGUGACUGCUUGGUGAGUAUUUGUGUGUGUUGGUGGAGUAAGAGGCUGUGGUUUUCCAUUGAACCCUUGGGAAGCUGUGGAGUGCUGCUCUACAGGGGCAGACACCAUGAUUUAUUAGAAUGGUAAGCAGGAAAAACUAACACGCUCCCAUAAAACGGAUAUCCCAUCAUCUCUUAGUUUUCUGUCUGCUCUUUCAAGGAGUAAAGAGUGUGUAAUAAGUUAUUCAGAGAUCCAGAGCAAAGAGUGUUUAAUUUUCCUGUCUUUUAAUAUAUAAACAAGAGCAUAUGCAUGAAAGGAUACACAGAGUAUACAUCUCUUGGAAUAUAGAAUAUGAAAUUAGUGUGCUCUAACUCGGAAAAUAAUCAACUGUUGAUUUUGAAUCUUUUUGCACUUCAUUGGUUUGUAUCACAUAAUGACUGAGGUAAGCUCAGUUUAUGUAGUGCCCUGUUUUCUGUUGAGCUAGUGUCAGUUCAAAGGUUAGGAGAGGAGGUUUCUUGUCUGGUUCUUUGACUCACAAUAAGUGUCUGUUCAGAGGAAAUAACCUAUUUCACACAGCUAUUUUUCCUUGUAGAUAUAUGUAUGCAUGACCGAACCAUCUCAAUCAAUCACCUCAACAAUCUAAUCGCAUGUCCAGUAAUAUUAGUAUCGCAUUGAGGUGCAUGACAUGGGUAAAACUCUGCAUUAAAGAUGUGCGAUAUCAGAAAAUGUGAGGCAUUUUCAGCAGAAGCCAACAUGACUUGUCACGGCAGGAAAAGGGCGGAUGUUGUUUAUAACAUUACUCUCUUGUAUUAGUGUCCCUGACAGCAUGGAAACAUGCACAUUAUCAAGCCACUGAAACUGAUGCAGAUAAAUGGAAACCAGCCACCAUUAAUUCUAAUAUUAAACCUGAGCUGUUGGGGCUUGUGUAAAAUGGUUAUGCAAAAACAGGCAGAUGUGGAGCACUGGCCUGCAGGAAAUAACUUCUGUAAGCCCAAUAAGAUUGUCUAAUAUCACAGUUUGAUGAGAUCUGUAAACAAAGAUUGAAGCAUGCUUAUUUGCUGGAGUUCCUCGAACCGGUGUCACACCAAUUCUCAUGGCAGGUCAGAUAUAGUGAUCGAAUGAAGGCUCAAGUUUUCUAAGCAUUCUUGUAUUCUAUCUUGUUGCAUGUCCCUCUUGUAUCCAAAUCACAGAAAAGCUGCAGUGUUAAUCACAUGGAUUUCAUCAACCACAGUCACCAUAUCUCCCUCACUCUUUUACCCUUACUCGGCUAUUGUGCCAAUUAGUUAGUUGAAUUUCCCUCUGGGAUAAAUAACAUAUUCUGAUUCUGAUUGAAUAAUGACCGGUUGAGUCCUCGUCUGAGUUACUGAAUGGGUUUUAAUGCCUUGCCCUUAAAUUCAAGGUUUCAUCCAAUUCAUGUUUAUUGUCAAUACAGACAGCAUGUAAAUGAUGUGUUUUUUUUGACUGACACAAACUGAACUGAGAGUCAACGUUUGACACCCAGUGUAGUGAUGCUUAAUUGUAAUCAAGAGAGAGUCAAAUAAAUAAAUAAAAAAGCUGCUUUGCUUUUAAUGGACGAAAUAGCAAAGCUUAGUUCCUCUUCCAGAUUAUCACUGUUUUAGCUGCUGAAGAUUUGUUGUUGACUGCCGGUCAGUGUUUCCUGAGGGUAAAGCAGAGGAAGUCUGUGUUGGCCUCAUUACAGGUUUGUUUUGAUGGGGAUUGGCACUCACAAAAUCAAAACCUUGAAAAUAAUUUUUAGUGCAGAUUUUCAGGCCUGAGACUUUGCCAGCACAGAUAUGAGUCAUGAUUGUACUAAAAUCAAUGUGCCAGAAGCACUGUGAUGGAUAGGGAUAGAUGCUUCUUAAACAUUGGCACUCCUGAUCAUUUAUUAUCUUUGACAGAGUCCAAUAGUCCAAGCUCAUCAUCUUUAAGUCCCUGUGCGAAAUCAGUCAGCAAGAUUUGAAAUCGUCCUAAAGCUUCAACUUCAACAUAUCUCUCUCACUUUCUGCUCUUUCUGUCCUUUCAUCUCCUUUCCUCCAGGCACAGCAGGUUGAGCUCGAGGCUCUAAGGAUGCUUCAGAGGAUCCAUGCCUGACCCAAAGACUACAGCUAGAGAGGAGUACGUUGCCUGAGCAGAAUGACUCAGCAAGAGGGGGGACCCCCAAAUAGCAAGUGAAGAGAAGUGAGGAUGGGUGCCAAUGGAUCCAGUUAUCCACACUCAUGCUCCCCACGCAUUGGGGGAAAUGCUCAGGCACAGCAAACUUUUAUAGGUUUGUAUUUUUCUUUUUUUAAUCCAGGGUUGAUUAAUAGUGUCAUAAGAGUUUGUCUGUAUUUUUAGAUAUCAAAAAAAACUGUUUCUGUCGGGGGUUGAAUGUAAAAUAUGAGUUCUCUCUCAAACUGAAGUGAAGUGGUGAAACAGCACUCUUGAACCCAAACUGGUACCGUACUGUACAAUUCAGCUCUACAACAAAUCACACAGUGGAGGUCUAGAUUUGCCACACCUCCUGUAUAACCCUACUUUAACCUGCUUCCACAACAACUGGUAGUGCAAAGGGUGAAUGUUUUUGUGCGAGAGGGCUCUUGAACUGUGUCAUUGACUCAAAAAAUGGAUCCAAAUGCAUUGAAAACCAGUGCACCUGCUCCUGCCUGCCAUAUACAUGUUAUACCAUGUUAUACCAUAUACUUAUAUGUGAAGACAUAAGUGCCUAUGGGAUUUAGGAAACUGUGUCUACCUUCUCCUGUAGAAUCCUUGCAGUCUUGUAUUUCUCAGCUUUAUUGUUGUCACCAUGUAGUUGUGUUGUGAUGUUAUUAGGAUUAGGCUGCUGGCUAUCAGGCAGGAUGCGAGCUAAUCUGGUGUCAUGAUUUCUGUCCUUGUUUCCUGCUACAGGCUGUUUAUUGGAGUGUUACAAUUUCUUACUGAAUGCUACAACAGCUACAGUCAGAGACCUUUUAGCUUGUGUUUCAGUCUCAGCAGUGUUGAUGUUAGUUUAGGUGAAUGUUGCCCAACUAUUGCAAGGUUAUCUGUGGCUGCCUGUUAGUUUGUGCCUGCUUGCAGUAAAAUGAGUCUAAAAAUACGGGUUAUGUUAAUUUGUGUGGGCUGAGGCAUACGAGGUGACACUGUUUGCUUAUGUUUAUGCAGUCUUAAUGGUUGUUAGAGAUAAAUGUGUGUCAUAGGAAAUGUUUGGAGUUUUUUUGAUAUCCCUAAAUUAUCAACCGUCGAAGUCUCUGUGGUUUGUGCUUCUUAAAGAAGCCCUCAUUUCCAUGGGUUUGGGGAACUGUUCCAGACAUCAAACCAACUAAAUUUGUCCUCAGAAGAAAUCACUUUUUAUUUCACUUUCGAAAUGACAUUGCCUUUGAGCUUUUUGUAGAGUUAAUCCUUCAAGUUCAAGUAUUGUUAAAGAGGACAAAUUACCCAUGUGUUUACUGAGACUGCUGAGGUUUCUUCUCAGCCCUGUAGGUGCUUGGUUGCUUGGCUCGGGCUGCUGAUGAUUCAGUGUUAGAAUGAUUACUAUUUGGGUCACAGUGAUGGAUGCUGAGAGAAGGGCGGGCAGAGAGGAUCGCCUUGGCAGGGCUUCCUUUGACGUGCGAGUCCUGUCUCUCAAGCCAAUGAUAACAGCUAUUUACCGUAAUUGAUUGGGCCAGAGUAUGCGAAUGAAGUAAAGUUCAUUGAGAAGUACAAGGCAGAACAUUGGUUCAUAAUCUGAGAUGAAGCAUAGUUUGGUCUACAUCUAAUCGUAAUGAAGGACUUCUGUCUGUUUUUCUUUUUUUUACUGUUGAACGGGAUCCAAAUGCUUUGGUAGCUGGGUCAGGGUAGUGUGUGCUCGGCUUGACACACCACAGGAGUGCAAGGGACAGAUUGUGUUUCUAACAGUCUGCAAUCAAGAACAAACUGGUUUUCAGGUUAUAAAGGGAAUGACCCUUUUCACAUAUGGCCAGUUUAAGGCGAGAGUUCAACCUUGUUAUGCUGCUUAAAAAUUUCAUACAAGAACAGAGGAGUGGACUGUUGUUUCACCAUAUAUUCACCAAUUAAAGAGAAACAUCAAACCUGGGUCAAAUCAGGUUCUACAAAUUAGAGAGCCCGCGGGAAGGCAGAGCUGUAUGGGGCUGUUUAAAUGCAAUGCUGCAGAGUCCCUGAGCUGAAGAGCAAUGUAAUACUUGUUUAGGGAAAAAAUACAUUUGCAGUUUAAUAAUAUGGAGUACUUUCUUCAUUAAAUACCUGAAGGAAUAAUGUAAAUUUAUCAAGGAAUUUAUUUUGUGUUUAUUUUCUGUGAAGAAGUGCAUGUUCAAAACAGUCAAAAUAUCUCAGAAAGUUCAUCUGCAUUGUGUGUUAUUUUCCAGGGACAUCAUCCUAUUCUCAGCAGGGAUAUGGCUGGGAGUCCAAGCUGUACAGCCUGGAGCAUGGCCAUGAGCGGCCCACAGACAGGAAGAAGAAGAGCCUCGGACUGGCGACCCUCAAAAGAAGAUUCAUCAAAAGGAGGAAGUCCAGCCGCUCAGCAGAUCAUGCGCGGCAGAUGCGGGAGCUUUUAUCAGGGUGGGACGUCCGUGACACAAACGCCCUGGUGGAGGAGUACGAGGGCACAGCAGCCCUCAAGGAGCUGAGCUUCCAGGCCAGCCUGGCACGUGCUGAGGCACCCAGCUUGGCACGGGAUCUGGCUGCACUCUACCAGCAUAAGUACUGCACUGAUGUGGACCUCAUUUUCCUGGGUACCUGCUUCCCGGCUCACCGGGCCAUUCUGGCUGCCCGCUGCCCAUUUUUCAAGACUCUUCUGUCCUCAUCGCCUGGCUUUGGGGCCGAGGUUCUCAUGGACAUUGAGACAGCAGGCAUCGAUGUGCCCAUGUUCUCUGCCUUGCUUCACUACCUUUACACUGGGGAGUUUGGGGUGGGUGGAGCAGAGGACAGCAGGCUGCAAAAUGUGGAUGUACUUGUGCAACUCAGUGAAGAGUUCGGUACUCCCAACUCCCUGGAGGCCGACAUGAAGGGCUUGUUUGACUUCAUGUGUUACUACGAUGCUCUGCUCAGCUUCUCCUCAGACUCUGAGAUGAUAGAGAGCUGCAAUGAGCGAGGAGCUGUGGCUGCAGCACCAACAGGGAGCUCAGGAGGCAGUGGUGUCCCUGGGACCCCAGAUGAGGACCUCAGGGCUCACAAAGCUAUCCUCUCAGCACGUUCUCCUUUCUUUAGGAACCUUUUGCAGAGGCGCAUUCGCACAGGAGAGGAAAUGACCGAGCGGACAUUGCAGACACCCACCCGCAUAGUUUUGGAUGAGUCCAUCAUCCCACGGAAAUAUGUACAGGUUAUUCUCCACUGCAUGUACACAGAUGUGGUCGAGCUUGGGCUGGUGCUGCGGGGAAGCCCCUCAGCCGGCAGCCUUGGCGAGGUGCAAGCCUUGGUGUCUGGGGGUCGUGGAGCAAGCACACGAACAGAGGAGGCCAUGGAGCUGUACCACAUUGCUCUGUUCUUGGAGUUCAGUAUGUUGGCUCAAGGUAGGUCAGAAAUGAACAUGUUUGUUAAGAGCACAUAAACAUUAAAGGAUUAGUAUGUAAAAAAAAAAAAAAAGAUGAUGGUGUAUAGCUGCGCAAACCAGAAUGAAAACAUGCCAUCAGAUUGACCCUGGUCCAUAAAUGUGUUGAUACUUUUUAAAACUCCCACCCUCAGGAUGAUUUUUCUUUAUUUUCAUUUUUCUAUUACAUCAAAACAAGAACUUGAAUCAUAAAUGAAUACAGUGUGAAGAUUGAAGGCCUCGUUCAUGCUUCUGCCUCAGUUCAAUUUGGUUGUAUCUCUUAACAACAUGUCCUCCGCUUAAGUCUGAAAACUAAAUGUCAUUUUUUUAUUUUGAUUACCUCUGCAAUUGAUAUCAAAGUUAAUUUGUCAAGCUGGAUUCAGGAUUAAGUGCUUCUCUCUGUGGACUUUCUAUAUAGCUCAGAUUUUGUUGUAUUUGGCUGGAGUUUUUAAUUAUUUUAUGCCGGUGAUGGACUCCGGUCAGCAUUUAUCUUUGUCUCCACUCAUUUAUAUAAUGUGUUUCAGACAUGCCCAUAGUAAUCACCACUAUCUCCUUAUGACUAGAAUAUGCAUAUGUGAAAUAUGGCUGCAGAGCUGAGCCGAGUGUAAAACAGAUUGGCUUACUGAAUGAUGCGAGGGCUGCAGCUGCCAGUAACAGACGUUAUAGGCUGCAGUCUUUGUCUAUCUGCAGUGGCGGACGCUUUACUAUCUGAUAUGAAGUCAACUUCUGUUUACAACUCGUCACUGCGUGUCUACUCUCCUACUGGUCUAUAUUUACGUGGAUGUCUCAAUGACUCUUGCCACUUUAUCAGAAUGACCCCAGUAACAUGCCAAACAUCGCAGUCAUGCUUUGACCUCUCAAGUCCUUCUCUCUUCUUCCAGAGUGGCGUGCCUUAGCUCUGUCCAGUUUCCAAAACCCUUAAACAAAGGCUCCUCUUCAGUCUGAAUGACCUUUGUAGUGUGCAGUAUGUGAAGCAGUCCGUUUCAGAUGCACAUAAAAACAAGAUCAUUCGGCCAGCCUAUAGUGACAGUGGGAAUACAGUUAAGGCUGAAUGACUCAUGCUGUAAGCUUAUGUUUCAUAAACCCACAUGAUCUUAAUCAGUUUUUGAAAUAUUAAUUCACAAUAUGAGACACAUUGAAAGACUUAGUUUUACUGUGUCAACCAUAAAGUGAAUUUAUCUAUAGUCACAUAACUUCUGGCUUACAACACAAAAUGAAAAUAAUUCUUAUGACGUUAAAAGUCAAUUUAGUUUGUUGUGACUCGAAAACCUCAGUCGGCGUUUGAAGAUACAGCCAAUGAGUUUUAUUGGAACAGAACACAGUAAGCCUCUCUGUCUGUGUCACUAAAACACAGACUUUAUUAAAUUUAUUCAUUGCUUUUACUAUAAAGGUCAACAACAAGCAGGUAUUGUGGCGUUUGUGUAAUCUUAAACUGCAGCACAGUUACAAAUUUACCACACCAUGCAAAUCUGAAAAUGUAUCCAGAGGGGAAGCUGUAUGCAAAACAAAUCGUGGACACAGUUCACUCUGCAGUAGCGGAAAUGUUUGGAUAUAAAAUCCUUUCAGACCACAGGAUUAGUUGUGGGCAGCUGCUAAAAUGACUGUAUUGACUUAUGAGCAAAGAAUCAACCACCAUUUUAAGACUUGCAGGGAUCUGAAUAGCACUGUACACUAACACCACAGACACAGCUGGUUAGACACCACCUCCCACCCUCCAGCUCUGGUGUCACUCCCAGGGUCACUCUGGCAGCCUAAGCCGACAAGCAGGCAAAUAGUGUCAUCCCCACACACCAUCACCUCCUCUUCCUUCCCAUCCCCCUCUCGACAAGCAAGCCCCUACUUGAGGGUAUUUUUAUCCCCUCUCUUCCCUCUCCCACUGUGCGGCGCAGCUCUAAUCAGUUCCCAUGAAACCUCAUUGUGGAAUGUGGUGAGAUGGUUGAGGUUGACCCGGUGUCAUUUUAUCCAAGUCCCGUCUCUUCGUCUAUUUCAGAACUUUUUAUUUCUUUUUCUGAACAAUUGUAUUUAUUUAUUUUUCCCUUUUUAAACAUUAAAAUCAAUCAAUUCUUUCCCACCUCCAAUGUUCUACCAGCAUAGUUAAUUAUCAAGUUGGAAAUUUGAGUUCAUUUCAUUGCAGGAGACUUCAGAACCUGCCACGUCUCUUUUGGAGGCAGCAAAGAGGCUUAUAUUAGGGGUUUCAUAUGAAGAUAACCCCCUCAUCCGUCACACUAUCUUCCCCUUGUGCUCCUCCUCUGCUCCCCCCUCUAGAUGAAGUUUUGUCCCGUGGAGGUUUUCGUGGAGCGUCUGAGCUCUCUGUCAUUUCCCCCCCUGCUUAAUUCUCAAGAUGUGUUUCCCUUUAUGACUCCAUCUCACUCAAAUAGCGGCCAAUAUUAAAAGCCUUAUUAAUUUCAAGUGCACCACAGAGAUGAUAGCCAGCUGGUGUGGUUUCAGCGUCGGCACUGUAGUACUUCCUCUUCCUCCAUGCUUUCUGACUGACCAUAGCUCUCGUUUGUGUUUGGAGUGUGUUGACUGAAGUCUUUGAGACAUAAUUUACAUCCAUAGCCUUGUUUACAGGCCAUUGAGUGCAGCUGAUGUUUUAAGUGGCUGUAGAGACUGCGCGCUCCAUAAACAACUGAGAUCCAAAUAAUAACAGCGGGACAAAAUGCAUAUGUCGUACAAAGGUAGUAGAAUGUGGAGCUGGCGGUUGGCGUCUUUGCUGGUGUGUUGAUAUUCUUGUCAGUCAGCUAAGCCCCAGUGAAUGUGGUAUACCACCCGUGGAGAGAAGAGUAGGGGGUUCAUAUUAGAUAUAAUGCUGAUUCUAAUCUGCAGCUCAUAAUAAAGUGCUGUGUUCAAAAAGACUGGCUGUUGCUGUGAAUUCUAAUGGGCCAGCAGAGCAGAGCAGAGCGGCUUUCCUGUGCCACUGGUCCCAAGUGGGGACUUGUCUGCCUUUGAGCAUGUGUGCCUGUGUGUCUGCUUUUCAAGAGGGGGCAAAGAUCCAAAGGUGAUGAACUGACAGGAGCAAAAGGACUUUCUAAGAAAACAGACAGCACAGGGACUGGUGGUGUAAGCUGAGGCACACACGUCGAGAAUCUAUUCCCUCAUUUUGUGUGUUUAUGGCAGACAAAACAGGCAAAGAGCCUGGGUCAAUAUUUCAACUUCAGCUGUCUACUUAACCAUGCAGGACGCCCACCCCCUGGUUAAUAUGCUGCAAGUGUCUGUCUCUCAUAUCUGCUUCUUGCAAUUUAAGAUGCCUGAAAGGUACGGUGCAUCAUAACCGUGAGCAAAUACGCAUAUAUGUGUGUGUGUGUAUGUGCAUUUAUGUGAUAGCUUAAAUAACCAUAUUUUGUGUGCUGCACUCAGAUAAUAUGAGGCUUCAGAUUCAAAAGCAUCUCUGUAGCCAUCUCUUAAGUCUGGUGUCCAGUGUCCCAUAGAGGACGUUCAAAGUGGUGGUUUUGGGGUGGAGAGGAAGCUUGGAUCUUUUACUUUUAAGAUAAGAGUCUCCCAGAGGAGUGUUGCUUCUGGUCCAGCUUAUGAGCUGAUGGACAGGACGUCCUGCAAUGAGGAAGUUGGCAAGCUUAAGUUUCAGUUUAGAGCACCUCUCUCUGGAUGUCAGUUCGUCUGGCUUUAUCUCUGUGGAUGUACGACUUUGCUUUGUUAAGAGUUUUGGAUUGAAAGCAAGAGUGAAUGUUAAGAGUGUUUAAAUGUGCAUCAGUGGAUCCCUCCAAGAGUGAGUUUAUGUUUGAGAGCCAGCGUUGGUGGAAUUUUCAAACUUUUUAAAAGCAGCGUGUUCAUUAUUCCCUCGGCUUUCUGUGGCUCCUUUCAAUGAAUUUCUGAUUUAUGCACAUAAUUGUGUACACGUUUGGGAAAUGUAAUGUGUGCUUGUGCACUGGGAGCACAUUUCCUCCGGCUGCUGUGUUUACACAUCAUGGUUAAGAAGAGGCAGCCUGAAACUGAAACACAUCAAGGUAUCAAAGACAUUUCUGUGGGUUGGUGUGUUACAGAGUUAAACCACUGCCUGCUGUUCUGGUAUGUGCUCUGAUUUAGGAAACGCAGCAAGGAGGAUGUGGGGGCUACAAGAGGUAGACUCUCUGGGUCAGUGAAUACAAGUCAAAACCACUGACGCUCUGGCGGCGCUGACAGAAUUACCUCUUGUAUUCACUCCGUUUAGUUCAUUUUAUUGCAUUUCUUGAAGCCUUUGUUAAGUGUGAUAAUGCUCGGCCUAAUAACUGCGCUCGUUUGUACACAUGGUCCAUUUGUGCUCAUGAAAGGAUAAAACAGAAUUUCAUAUGUUGAUUGUUUGUCGCAUCUUCACAGGGUGUGAAGACAUCAUCGUGGAAAGCCUGUCUCUGGACUCACUCGUCCCUAUCCUGAAGUGGAGCUCCCAGCCGUACGGCUCAAAGUGGGUCCACAGGCAGGCCAUGCACUUCCUCUGCGAGGAGUUCAGUCAGGUUGUCACCUCAAAUGUUCUCUACGAGCUCAGCAAGGAGCACCUUCUCAGCGCAAUUCAGUCUGACUACCUACAGGUGAGGAACUUUACCUGUCAGUCUGUUGUCGCUCUGAACGACACCCCACCAUGUAAAAGAGUCAUUUUCCCAGUGGGGUUUCAGCAGUGCCUGCCUGACUUUCUCUAAGCGGUUUCUUGGUGGAAACCCAGUUUUCACAUAUACACAGUUGCAUUGAUAUGACAUCCGCAUACAUGCAUGUCUCCAACACUCAGGGUCUCUAGAGAGAGUAAAAUCACUCCCUGAGGGGACAUGUUUUCAAAUCCAGAAUCAAAUCAGAGUUCAUCUGUCAUCCGCACUGUCAUGCUACAUGGGUGUGAAAGCAGAUGUUCAAAGUGAAAUGUUGUAAUUGAACUAUUGAAACAAACAAACAACCCUGGCCUGAUUUGCUAAGACACCCCUGGGAUAUUUUUAAUUCUCACCUUAUCUCUCUUUAAUAGCUGCCCUCGUGUUGUUCCAGACAAUAUUCGACCUUGUCCUAGAAAUAAUUUAGUGUCACUCUCCCUCCCUGUCCUAUUUCUCUCUCUGUGGUUUCUCUUUCUGUGUCUCUCUGCCCUGGUCUCAUUCACAGGCGAGCGAGCAGGACAUUCUCAAGUAUGUUGUUAAGUGGGGCGAGCAGCAGCUUAUUAAGAGGAUGGCAGACAGGGGUAAGAUAAUACACUCUAUAAUCACCCUUUGAGCAGCCCCCCUAAUGGCCCUGAGGAAAUUAGCCACUCAUCCAGCACCUCCAAAAUACAUCUGAAAGCAUGAUAGGACUGACCAUGACGUUGUUUUCUGACCUUUUAGGAAAUGGUCUCGUGUAAGGUUUAAGGUCAAGGUUAUUAGUCCUCAUAUGUUGAGGGCAAGGGCCCUACAUCAGGAGGGGUAACAAAACUGGGAGCAAUGCAGUAUUUAUCUUUAAUGCAUUCAACUGAACUUGCAAGGGAAAUCUUUAAAAUAGCCAACAGGGUUGAAUUAAAAGCAUUUAAAGCAUAAUCAAGCAAUCAUAAACAGUCAUGGAAAUAUGCAUGAUGUUAAAACACUGCUAAUGGCCGUUCCUGUCCUCAUUUAACCAGAGCCGAACUUGUUGAGCGGCACAGCCCACAGCGUCAACAAGAGGGGAGUGAAGAGGAGAGACCUGGAUGUAGAAGAAUUAAAGGAGAUCCUGUCUCCCCUUCUGCCCUACAUCCGAACUGAGCACAUCUUACCCCCUAACAGUGACGUCCUCUCUGACGCAGUCAGUACUCUCUGUCCUGUGUGUCUGUGUUUGAGUUUGAUACCCAAAAAUGUAAUACUGAUCAUUAUUUUUCACUAUGUUCGCAGCUAAAAAGGGGUUUAAUAAGCACCCCUCCUUCAGAUAUGCUGCCCACUGCUGAGGGAGGAAAAGCAAAUGCCUGGUUACGGCAGAAGAACGCUGGCAUCUAUGUUCGUCCCCGCCUCUUCUCUCCUUAUGUGGAGGAGGCGAAGGUACGGCUCGCACGCUUGAUUGAUGGAGCUUCUAAACUGAGAAAGGAACUGUCGAUAAUUUAUUAAGCUAUCAUCAGAGAGAGUGGAGAUUCUGUAGAGAGGACAGACUAACCUUUCAAAGCUUUGUGGAAAAUUUGUGGACCUGCUCAUAACUUCAAUAUGCAAAAAAAAAAAAAAAAUCAUGCAUAGUUGUUGUGAGGUAUAUUCUCCAUUUUUAAUAGCUUGACUGAAAUUCAAUUUAUGCCCAUUUGCACACUUUUCCCUGAUAAGUUACAGGCCUAACUAGGGUCAUGAAUAUUUAUAAAUCUAUCCCGACACCAGAGAGAAUCAUUAUUAGAGGAAGUGUCAAUCAAGUGGUACUUAUUUGCAAAUCCUCUGUGUCCUUGAGUUCCAUGUACGCCUUUUAUUUUGUUGAAAUUUUGCUCUCUCUCCUCCACCUGUCUGUAGUCUGUGCUAGACGAAAUGAUGGUGGAACAGACAGACCUGGUGCGUUUGCGAUUAGUGCGCAUGUCCAAUGUCCCGGACACACUCUACAUGGUGAACAACGCAGUGCCACAGUGCUGUCACAUGAUCAGUCACCAGCAAAUGGCGAGCGCCACAAACACUGCUCCAUCUGUUGUGGCCAAUGAAAUCCCAGGUUAGAAAACUUCUCAGUGACAAAAGUAUGCUACAAAAAAGCGUUGGCCAUGGUGGCAAAUAAAAACAAUGGAAUCAAUGAAUAAUCAAUAUUAUUUUUAUCUUAAUACCGUGUUCAUCUUUUAGUGCCUCAGCUGCCCGUGGUGAAGGAGAUGAUCCGAAGGCUACAGGAACUCAGACAUUCAGAGCAGGUCCAGAGAGCUUACGCCCUUAACUGUGGGGAAGGAGCCACUGUCAGCUAUGAGCUCCAGCUGCGGGUGCUGAGGGAGUUUGGUCUGGCGGAUGGAGCCACAGAGCUGUUGCAGGUGAGUAAGAAGCAGAGAGUUUGUCCUUAGAGGUUUGAGGAGACUGAGAUGAUGAGGGCUGCGCUACCUCAGUUAGACCUCAGUUUGACGUCAGUUAUGCAGCAGCCACAGACAAAACAUUUCAAACCCUAAGAAUAGGUUUUGCUUUGUCAUCACCACGAUAAAGAUACAUUUCUUUACUUCCUGUAAUUUUUCAGAACCCGUACAAGUUCUUUCCCGAUGAGCGGUUUGGAGACGAGAGUCCGAUUCUGGCUCUGCGUCAGGUGGGUCGGUGUCGGGUAAACAGCAGCCCAGCCAUGGAUAGCAUGUUCACAGAGCUGGAAGGAGUAGCAGGCUUCCACCCUCCCCUCCCUCCCCCACCUCCACCCUACCACCCCCCUGCCACACCCAGCCACGCUCAGCUCAAGGGCGCAUGGCGACCUCGUGUGCCCAUGCCUACCCCCACCCGCUCCUUCUCCUACCCUUGCAACCGCACCCUGAUCCAGCGCCAUGCAGCCUCCAAGCAUGGCAGCUCAGACUACUCCUCUGUGCCCCGGCCUCAGCCCCCAGACUGCACCAACCCGCAGGCUAUGGGCCGAGCUUUGCUUUCAGACAGGCAAGCGGUGAGUGUGUGUGCUACUUCCUGUUACUUCCUUGUGCUACAGUUCAGUCUUUUCAAAAGUGGCUGCUUGGUUUGUGUCUGGGAUCAGGAGCAGCUCCAUAGCAAAGGUAAAGUGACACAUGUCCUGUCAUUUUUUCAAUGCAGAUGACCAUGGAGCCUGUGAUGAGGGAGUUCAUGCCUGACAUUGCACUGGGUGUCUCGGUCAUGUCCCUAAGGGAGCAGCACAUGGCAGAGAUGGACAGGGAGAGCCCUCACAGCCCAAUGGGCCCCUCAGGCCACCAUCUGCCCCAUGGGCCCUGCCCCUCCGCCCGCCUCAGCCACAGCCACGGUCCUGGACAUGGCCACUCUUGCAAAAGACACGCACCUGAACCGAAGCUAGAGGCUCAAGCUGAGUUCCCUGACCUGUACGACUUCACCUGCCGCCCUGCAACCCCAACCUCCUCUCACCCUCUGCCCCCUUUUGUAGGACCAGACCUCUACAGCCACAGCUGCUCCCCCUCCAGCGCUUACCCACCCCCUUACAUGUCUGACUCUCAGUCCCAGGGACCCCCGCAGGGAAGGACUGCUACAGACCCUCUGCGUCUGGACGUCCUCAGUAUGACCUCUCAGAGGCAUGACGGAGUCCUCGCCAGCCCGUCUGGAGCCCAGCCGAGGAUGGGACACAUCCAGAGGGGGCGAUCAAACGAGACUGACCUGACUCAUGGUUUAGGCCACUUACGGUCUCCCAGCGGGAACACAGACAGCUACGAGGACAGGCACACAGGAUCAAGAGACGCUCCUGAGGACAUGGUUCUAUCAGGAGAAUCAUCAGGCCUCCAGCAGCCUCACAGGAACAGUGUCAGUGAGGAGAUCACCAGAGACCGCAGGUCGCCCAGCAAGCCUGACUACCCUUAUAAGAAAUCUGCACUUUAACCCCGCCCAAGGACCAGGGGUUGAGUUAAGAAAAGGGAAAGUGUGACAAGAAGCUGUCCAUCUGAGUGGACGGCACAGCACUAAAUGUGUGCCUGCGUUUGUGUGUGUGUGUGAGGGGCAAGGAAUCGGGGUGGUCGAUGGUUACUAUUUAUAGGUUCUGUCCUUUUGUCCUACCUCUAUCACACUGUGCUAUCCAUCACACAGUCAGGGCGAGGAAAGAGUGAGAGCUGUAGGUUAAUUGUUGACGCCUGUAAUUGAUCUCUGCAAGGCCCGCAUUGUCCUGCUGCUUUAGAGGAUGACUCAGGCUCUGCUAGGAUUGAUUGUUUGAUUGUAAAGAGCGAGGUUAGCUCCAUGCUGUGUGAAUCCUGCACGCAGAGGUCACAACACUAAAUGUAGCUCGGAUAUUAAAGACUCUAUUCAAAGGUUCCCUUGUCUUUGGAUUGUUUUCAGCGUAGAAUGGAGAGAUGACAGGAGAGAAAUCUCACGUUACUCAAGCUAACAAUGGUAUUCAGCCUGGGGAACAGCGUUGUGAUAAAAUCUUAUGUAAAUUCAUCUUUCUGUUUCUUUCUGUAGCAUGCCUAUAGCAAGCAACCCAUCUGACUAGUCUCCCUACUUGUGCUGUGGAUCUGCAGCACUGAUGACUAAUGGGCCAAGUCUUUGUCACAUAAAGCAGGAAUUGGAUCUAAUGGGAAGUAGGUCAUCAGUGCUUGUCAUUCUCCUGUUACCCAUUCUGAUUAUUGUGUUGGGCUUCAACUAUUACAACCUUUUGAGAGUCUAUCUUACAAGCAGGAGUCUGCAGUUUUCAGAUAGUAAAAGGGGAGGGACAGGACAAUCUGGUUCAUUACAGGGAUACAGUGGAAAAUAAAGGGGUGACAUGGCAACUGAUCCACAGUGACCGAGUGCUGGGCAGUGGUUGUUUUUACAGCUGGAACAGGUUUGUGUACCUGUGUGUUUGUGAGUGGGGAUAACUUCACAGGUGUUUAGACAAUCUCAGUACUGUACACUCUCAUCUUUAGUCAGGUCUGUUUGUACAUAUCAGCAAGUCUUUGGCACAGAGCGCAGCAGUCAGCGUGCUAGAGCUCCUUCUUGUUCUGUUUAAUCCAAUAGCAUCAAGUAAUCAAAUCUAGAGCCUUAAUCAGCGCUUGUAAUAUUCAGUUUUAGCUACCUUUUAUUCAAUUAAGUAUGAUGUCAUUAUAUUGCAAACCCCUCUUAAUUGCUUGUUUGACUGUUCUGCUCACAAUGGACUCAUUCACUGUAGUUUUUUCAGUAAAAGGAGGAUGUCAUUCAAUCCAAAUGCUAAAACCAUGUAUAUACUUUUAGGCCCACAUCUCUGCACCUCAUGAGGAUUUGUGGACAUGCACAGCCAGUGUUGAUACUGUUAAAUAUACUAUAAUGAACUGUAUCAGCUGUAGCUCAAGAGUACACACGUAAAGCCUGUCACAGCCAGCAGUUGGCACACAACCUCACAUACGAGUAACAUUGCACUGUCGGAGCCGCAGGUCUAAAAGCUGAAGGGAAAAAGGAACAAAUAAAUCUCGAACAAAAAAAAAAUCUUUUUUUGAAGAAAAGUUGGCGAUUGCUGGCUCAUAUCUCCAAUGGAAAUUGUAUAUAAUGAAUUGAGUUCCACAUGAAUUUCUGAUCAAUUUUUUAAUGGUUUCUAUCACCUUUUAGUGGAUGUUGAAGGUUUGUGUUUUUACUGUAGUGGACAACACUGUGUACGCGUCUUUGUCAUGAGGUCUCACUAAGAAUGUGUGGUAUAAAACAAUUGUGUCGCAGAAUCUAUUUUGUUCCUAAGUGUUAUGCAUUAAGGCAGUUCGUUCAAUGUUGUAGCUGGUGUGGAGUACCAUGUUAGUGGAGAUGUUUUUCCCCCCUCUUCUCCUUGUACUUUAAAGUAGCAGGAAUAUGUUGAGGAUCUGAAGACAUUAACUCUCAUCCUAGCAGUGAUGAAGUUGCCAAGCAGAAAAAUCAUUUUUCCAUCUAGGUUGCUUCAUGGGGAAAAAAUGCAAAAACUCCAGAUUCCUCCCCAUGUUCAUGUUGGUUAGUUGUUAUAUUUUCCAGGACAAUGUUCCACUGAAUAAAAGCCCUUGUUUUGCUCUUUGCUGUAGAGAAGUCAGUGCCUUCCUCCGCCUGCGGCUGGGCUUUUAUUGGAGAAGUGACUUUGAUGUCUAUGCAAGCUCUUUUCUACCAGCUUACCAGCCUGCAUCAAGAAAAAAAAAAAGUUGUUUGAAAUCUCAUGUAGCCUGUUCUGUGUACAGUGUUGUUUGGCACCUUUUAAAAUGGAACCAUCUGAAAUGUGUGAUUGCUUGUGUUGAAUUCUAACAGGUACCUUGUACUUGUAUAGUAUCAUAGAAAACAUGUUUGUAGAUUGAUAUUACGUUGCAUUUAGUUUCACUGAAUCUAUUUUUCUACUGUCGCCUCAAAAGGUGCAUUACAGUGGUCAACUUGGGCAUCCUCAGAAUAAACUGGUUUGAUAUUAUGGAACUAUUUGAUCUCUGAUUUUUGCUCCAGAAACUUUUUAUUUUGAAGUUUCAAAUCACAUAAAAAUGACAAUUUCUUCUCAUCACUUUUACAGACACAUUUCUCAGUGGGUUGCUAACAGUAAGCUCUCCCUUCAGUUUUACCGCAUCAGCAUUUAGUAUUGUCAAAAUGAAGCACUGAACAUGUUCACACUGCAGCAUUGUGUUAUUGUAAAGCACUGUUGUAACAAAAUAACAAGGCAGUUUAAAAAAGCAUAAAGUGCCGAAUUUCAUUUAGUUCAUCAACAUUUCAAGUUUAACUUCACAAUGAGCUUUAAAGUUAGGGAAACUUUAGGGUCAUAAAACAGGCAUGGGACCCUCACAAAGCUCACAAUCCUUCACCCAAAGCAUAACAAAAUACAACAACUGCAUGUCGGUAGUAGCUGCAGAAAUUCUUUAGGCAUUGGGAUCACAUAGUUUUCAGCAUGUUGGCCUUUUUAUUCAGCAGAGUGAAGAGGCUCUCGUCCAAGUUGCACAUUCAUUUGAGCACCGUAUGAUGAGGUGAUAUGAUAGCAGCAUGACCACCCUGUUUACUGGUAUCCUGCAUUAGUUCUGCGUCUUUUUCUGGCUCGCAGUUCUUCAAAAAACUCAUGAACAGCUUCCACUGUGACCGUCUGGUGGAUAAGGGGAAAAAAGGUUCAGAUUUGAGGUUGGGAGAAUGCACACAAACAACACUUCACAGUCCUCCAAACAUGUAUGCUGAUGAUAUUAGCGCACAUUUGUCAUGUGUAGUGAAACUGUCACGACUUCUGGGUAAAUAAAUAGAAACCAAGGAUCAAA